AUGGCUUAUGACGGCUUUCAAAGAAGCGCAAGUCCCUACGAUCAGCUAGGCAAUAAUGGCAAUCAAGCAAACCCCAACGACAUCCGCCCAUCGAGCUACCAAGCUCCAUAUCCGGGUCAGUAUGCGCCUGACCGGGUCAACAUGCCACAGCCUCAGAUGCCCUCGACUGCUCCGUCCCCCGCUCAAGGACAGUAUCCAGAGCCGCCUCCUCAGCAGCAUUCUUGGUAUCAGCAGCCGUCGACUGGUACCAUCAAUGAGGCUGUGAGCUCGGCUUUCCACAAGGCUGACACCCCGUCCUACCUUUCGCCCGAGGUCCUGUCCCAGAUUACCGCAACCGUGAUCCAACAGCUCAAGGCAACCGGCUUGGAUAACGUUCAAGGCCAGCAUCCUCCUCCCCCACCGCAGCAGUAUCCGCCGCAGCCACCAUCUGGUCCUCCACCGCCGCAAUGGGCUCCCAGUGCUGCCCCUCAGUUUAGCUAUAAUGAGUACGAAUCGCCGCCUGCUGUCCCCCUCAAGAUAUCUCCCCCGCAGUCGACUGUCGCACCCGAGAGCGCCGAGUAUCAGCAAUAUCCACCAUCAGGAACAUAUCCUAAUAGCCCCCGUCCUAGCUCGCGGCCUUCGCCAGUGCCCCCUCUCGAGAGACGAGGGUCACCGUUCAGCCAGGCAAGUGAUCAAGCGCAGAAGAUGGAAGCGCGUCCGAGGCCACCGUCAAGGAAUGAGACUAUCACGGAGAUGACGACUUUGGAGAGAAUAUGGGGCAAGCUUUUCGAGGAUGGGAAGCCCACGGCCAAGUUGGGUCAACUCCUUCGUGGCAUAGCAGUUCAUUUGAUUGAGGAUUAUCCACCGGGAAACACCAUUGUAGUGGUUCCGGAGAAACUGCAGAAGUUCUAUGAAGAUACAGCGGUACCCUCAGAUCAAUAUCCCUGGCAAGAUAUUUUCGAUGAUCGCACGUCCUCAAUUUCGCGGUUGUUCCGAGAAUUCGAAGCGGAGCAUCACCUUGUUCAAACUAAACUGAACGAACGGCCUGACAUCCCGGGCUUGACGCCGCGAGGUUUCGAACGAUGGGCUACCUUGAUGAUCCAAGCGCAUCCGGACAAGGAAUACGAGCGAUUGCAGAAGGCCGUGCUGAACAUGCCUAUUAGUAACCCGGAUAAUAGACGGGAGAGGUUCCCAAAGGAAAUCCCUCGCCGACUGUUCCCAGAUGCACCCGACCUUGCCGUGAGGGAUGAGCUUGACAAAUUCAUCACAAAGCACUGCGGCGUCGAGCUGCCGCCCGUUACCGAGGAGGAACUGAAGAAGGUCGCUGUGCACCGUCACAAGGUAUCUACGAGCUCAGCGGCGUCGGCUACCGGAUCCACGCACUCGGUAAACGAGCGGGACCGCCACCAUCAGCAUACGUCGUCGUCCGCGGUCGUAGAUGAUGAGGACGAAGAGAUUCCCUCGCGGCCUAUCGAGCGCGAAAGAAAGCCUUACACCGCUCAACCAGGAGGCGGGAAGAUUUACGGCGACGAGCACGGAGCUUCCUCGCAUCGGCGAACAGAAUCCAUGACAAGCAGCACUCGACCCAAGGAGGGCUCAGAACCCCCUACCGCCGGCCACAAAGCAUACGAUUCAUACAGCCAUGACCCAUUGUAUCCCCGUGCUGGAAGCCGGGGGUCCCAUCGUCCGAUUUCGGCUCAUAUUCGGGCCCGGAGCUCUUCGCGUGGCCAGGCCAUGAAUGACUACAGGCAUUCCGAAAGCGACCUCCCGUCGUACUCCCACACCGCUGGCUCUCGGUAUCCCGGAAGUGAUUACUACUCCACGUCAUCCGCACUUCCAGGCGACCUGGCUGACGAUGGCCGACGGUACCGGGAUACUGAAGACCAGAGACUGUACGACUCCCUCUGGGAGAGAGAAAAGGAGCGCGAAAAGAGCAAGUACCAUGACCAUCUCCCUAAUCGAGGCAGCCGGGCAGACGACGAAGAAUACUACCGUGGCUUGCUGGGUGGCCAGGGCGGCGGCCCUGUUGGUGGUAGCGGUGGUGGAUACGAUUACAAGACAUAUACCUACAAGUAG